UUUGUUCUUACAAGUUUAAUCUUCUUUCCUUGCAGAUACAACAAAGUCUACAAUUCAGACAGAAAAAGAAAGCUACAAGUAUAUUUCUACCAAAAGUCUCCAAGAUGCCCAUCAAAAACUUCUGGAGAACAAAAUUGUUAUAAUCCAGGGAAACUCGGGGGACGGGAAAUCAUCUGCUGCACUUGAACUUCUCGGUUUGCUGUGCUGUAAUGAAGAGGAGGGGCAACAUAAACGAUGUCGACAACCACUACAACUACACGAGAUAAAAGACUUAGAUUCAGUUGCACCAAAGUCACAAUUAGUUAUUUAUUUUGAUGACAUCUUUGGAACGAAUGUUGUGUGUCAGGAAGAUGUGAAAGAAUGGGAGAAACGAGAAAAAGAAAUUAUUGCAAAACUUUGUGGAAAUGAAUCUGAGUCCAAUUAUCUGGUCAUUACAAUUCGUAGUGGAAUGAUUAAUUCUUUAAGUGGCCUUGGAAAAUUAUUUACCAAAGAAAACAUUGUUGACCUUAGCCAGUACAAAGAAGACAAAGAAAAACUUGCAUUGUUAAGGUUGUAUGAACCAAAAACUGAAUUUGUUAAAUGGACAGAUGAUGAGGAGAAACAGAUUGUGGCCUCGGCCCCAGACAUUGGGUUUCCACAGUGUUGUAGAUUAUUUAGGGACACACCUAGUUUACAAACAGAGAGAGUGAAAUUCUUUGAAAGACCUUUGCAUUAUUUUAAAUCCUCUUUAUCUAAAUUAGAAGACGGGAAAUUUUAUGGUCUGCUGUAUCUGUUCCUCAAUGGCGGCUCAGUUGUAGAACAUGAUUUAGACCCUUUCAUUGAAAAUAUUGAGGAAAAUGAGAAAAUGAAAGCAGCAUUUGCUUUUGAUGUAGUAAAAGUUAACCCAACAUCUGAGCUUAUUUACAAAAAAGAGAAGAAAGCUGAAUUUGUAAAGGAGUCAUUAGAAUGCCUUUUGGGUUGGCUGGUGAGAAAAGAAUCUACACUGUGGGUAAAAUAUCCCUCUUUCAAAUUCAACCACGACUCCAUUGAGGAAACAGUGGCACUUUUGUAUGGAGAGAAAACUCCCACUGGCUACAUACAGAAUUGUCCCAGAAAGUUCCUCAGUUAUGUAACUACAACAAAAAACACCCCAAACAGAAUAGUUAUAUCAUCUGAUAAUCAAACCAAUGCCAUGUAUAAACGUAUAGUGAAAGAGUUUCAAUCUGUUGAUCCUAAACGUUACCGGUAUUUGAGUGAGUGUGACUAUUUAGCUACAUUAGACGUAUGGACAGACACACUGUUUCUACAGGGAUUUAUCAGAUGGCUAAGUGGUCAGAAUGAUGACAAAAACUUACACCAACUGAUAAAAUGUGGGUUGUUAAAUGAAGCUUGUUCUACUGGUUUAGAAGAUCGUGUCUCGUAUCUCCUUUCUGUGGGUGCCACACCCGACAAUGAUACACCGUUUAUUGUAGUGAAGGGUGGGAGUGUACCACUACUGACACAAAUACUAAAGUAUGACGUCAUUCCUACAACGAGGGCACGCGAGUCACGAUCAUCAUAUAUAUAUUAUACUUACAAUAUCAAUGUCCUACAGGAGGCGUGUUUGUUUGAGAGAGAAGAGAUGGUGACCAUGUUGUGUGACACUUACCCAGACUUGGUACAUGGGACUGAUGACGGUAGACAAAGCACGCUCCAUCUUGUGGCACAGACAGGAAACGUUGGUCUAUUUCAGACAGUGGAGAGAUUGGUACUUAAAUCAUUGUGUAGAGUUGAGGAUGUACAACAUAAGUGUGAGACAGAAGAUGGUCGUGUUGUACAUAGGAGUUGUGUGUGUGGACAGUACAUGUCACAGUUAGUGGACUACAGAGGGUUUACAGUAUUACAUGAAAGUUGUAGGUGGGGACACAGGGAGCUUAGUUUAUACCUGUGUCAGUGUUACCCAGCACUGACUACAGCUGUAACUAGCGACGGGUUUACAGUAUUACAUUAUAGUUGUAGUUGGGGACAAAGGGAGCUUAGUUUAGAGCUGUGUAAGUUAGACCCAGCACUAACUACAGCUGUAGAUAACCGUGGGGGUACAGUAUUACAUUAUAGUUGUGGUCAGGGACACAGGGAGCUUAGUUUAUACCUGUGUAAGUUAUACCCAGCACUAACUACAGCUGUAGAUAACUACGGGUAUAAUUGUCUACAUCACAUAGCCAGGUGGACAUCAGAUGUAGACAUGUUCACUGAUUGUGAACGUCACGUAAAACAGUAUGUAGAGAAAACAGGAGGUAAGUAUGACAUCACGACCAUACUUACUAAUGACGGGAGAUCUGUUUUAGACAUGGCAAAGGAAUUGAGAGAGAGGUGGGAGUUAUAUAACAACCGUUUGUAUGAUCAUCUUGUCAAAGUUUUUAAUAAAUAAAAGUAUUAAAUAUUCACACUUCUAUACAUUAACUUGUGUAACAUAAUGACAAAAUAAACAGCAACGAACAGAACACUGUGGAAACCUUUUGUAGGAUCAUCUUGUCAAGUUUAUUGUAAAUAAAAAUACUGAUAAAUAGUCACACAUACUUCUUAACCUUCUAUACAUUAACUUGUAUAACAUGGUGUAUAAUUAAACAAAGAUUAAGUUGAAGAAACAAUUUAUUUUCAUCAUUGUUCACAA